AUGAAGCAGCGCUCUAUAAUGGUUGCUGAAUCAAGAACAACAGCAUACCAGCAAACAAACAGUAAUCAUGAUCAAAUAACAUUAUCCCAAUCCCAUUCCAACAUUCAUUUGUAUUACUGUUGUUAUAUUGUACCAAAUACAAUUUCUGCAUAUAUGCGUUAUAUGUCUCAAAUUGAACAACAGCAACGAUCAUCAAUAUGUUAUCGUACGCUAAAUUUAGAAAAAAUAUUAACAUCGAUAUUUCUAACAGCACUGACAUUAUUAUUCUACAAUACGUUCAAACUGUUGAUUAUUCUGUUAGCAUGUAUCUUCGUUCUUUACAAUAUUGUAAGACGACCGGAACUUUAUCAAUUCUUACAAUAUCUAUUGACAAAAUUACAAAGAAUGACUAAUAGAAAAAACAAGCAUGUAGAUACUAUUAGUAGUGUUUCAACAGGAAAAAAAUAUACAUCAUGUUAUUACAACAUUGAUCCAUGCUCUCAAAGUCUACUGAUAGCAAACAAAACGAAAUCAGCAAGUUUUAUGGGACAGAAUCAUUCUGUUUCUGUGAAAGUACCAUUUCUCUUUCACAACAAGCAACAGAGAUUAAUCACGAAUGAACGAAGUAUUCGAUCUAGUCAAAAAGAACAGCCUACUAGCACAUCAACAGUCUUCUUGAAAACGAGACCAGCAUAUACUGAAGAAUACUUCAAUAAUGAUGUCUCAAAAUAUGACAAAUCAAUACACUCAAUUAAUGAUGAUAAAGCGAAAAAACGUUUCGAUAACUCAACGCUAAGGAAUAAUGUUUUUACAAUUUCACAGAAGAAGCUAUGCGAUAAAAUGCCGUCAACAGAGUCAUCUGACCCUUAUGGAAAUGAUAAAAUACAAAGUUCAACAUUGGAUCCAUCACGACCUGCCGCAUCUCACGAACUGAAUUAUAGUACAAAAAAUUAUUCAGAUGAACGAAACGAAACAUUUCAAAAUUUCAUCAGCUCAGAGAUAAGAACACCACAUGUUCCGAAGUGUGAUACUGUUCAAACGUCGUUAUCUGAACAAGAUGUCAUUUCGACAUAUCUAGCAAUACGUCAUCAUGAUGGAAAAGAAAAAGAGGGAGAUAAUAAAUUCUACUCCUUGUUGAAUAGACAUAAUCCAAAUAAUUGUCGAGAUAAACCUGGUAAACAGCAUCAACCAGAUAAGAAUGUCAGACUAGAAAGACUUAAUCCAUCUAAUAUAAAAGAAGUUCACGUAACACCCAAUGGUUCGAUAAAAUCCACAAAUGUUUCCGACAACAAUUUGCAAAUAGUAAAUAAUACAUUAACUACAACCGACAUGGAAGCAGCUAGUUUCGAUACAGCACCAUCAAAUUUAAAUAAUAAAUGUGAAAAGCCAUGGUAUAAAAUUAAACAUCCAUUUUCUCAAGAGGACUACUAUAAUUCAAGACAUACAAUAUGUUCACCUCUGUCAAACGCAGACAUUGAUGUGAAAAGGAUACAUGUUUUUCAAGGGCACCCAACAACUUCAUCACCAUCGGAAGAUCAAGCGCAAGAAUAUUCGAAACGGAUAUUAUCUAAAAAUGACUCGAAUAAUCUUCCAUUGAAUUUAAAAUAUAAACUCAUACAUCUGGAUGAGAAUGAACCAACAGUAAUUUUGGCCAUUUGCGGAGAAAAUAGAAACAUAACGGUGGAAAAACAAAUGGAAUGUUUAAGGCGAAGUUUCAACAAAGCAACAGAAUAUCUUCUUUCUUCACCAGAUACACAGACUACCGUACUUCAACAACAGCGAGCCAUUUCGCCGUCAAUUGCACUAACUAUUAGUACCGGAAUAAAUGAAUCGAAAACAAAUAUUGACAAUAGUCUCCAUGAAGUUUCCAAAGCAUUGACGGAAAUUCUCGAUUCGAACGGCAUACAACCGCCGUAUGAGAGCCUACCAGAACAAUCAAAGCGACUAAAAUCGCCGAGAUCAAGUCUUUCGAAAUACGCUGAUAUUCCAUUUGAAAACGAACUACGAUCUUUCGAGAGACGAUGUUCACGAACAGACAAUAGUCAAAAUGUGUACCCAUCAUUAGCAUUUGAUAACGAAAGUAGUGCAAAUGUAAACGUUUCAUCCAGCAUGAGUCCACUUGGUUCUGAAAAUAAAUAUGUUUUAGACAUUGAUCCAUCGAAUGAAAGAACUUUAUUACAACAGGAACAAAAAUCGAAAAGAACUUUAUAUCUUCGACGAAUAUUGGAUAAAAUACCCCCAGUCGAUUAUAAUAAUAAACAAAUAAAAAACUCUGAAAACAAAAGUUCGAAAAGUGAACAAGAAACAUCACGUAAUUUAACUGUUUCAUCAUCGAAAUCACAUCAGAAAAUUAAUGAUUCUUUAAUAAUGAAAAUACCAACAACAACCUCGAAGAAGAAGAAUACCGUAAUUAUAUCACCGUGUAUUGUUCUUGAACAAUAUGAAAGCAGACAUCAAAAAGACAACAGUAUUCAAUUGUCAUCAUUGUCACAAAUGUCUAUGAAACAGGAUGAAACUAGUGGUUUGGAAGAAAAAGCCGUAAGCGCAACAAGAAUACAAAACCAACCCAGCGUACAAUCGGAUAAAAUCGUUAUCAAACAACUACAAUUUAUUGUCACUGAUAGUGCACGAGAUGUUAUACAUGAAGAAAAAACGUAUUCAUCGUUUGAAAAAACAAGAGAAGAUAAUAUAGUUUUUCGGCGUAUCAGACAAGCAAUUGAUCAAUUACAACGUGAUAUAGUCAUACUCACACACAAGGGUACAAGUCAACGACCAAGUUUAAAAUCGAUGUCACUUCGGGAUAGUAUGACAUUACUCACAGUCGAUGAAGAAGCUAUUUUAAAACUGACCACGUCAAAUUUGAUACGAGCUGUAAUGGCGGUAUCAGCAAGAAGAUCAAAUCUUAGUGGUGGUCAAGAAGGAAAGAAAUCGUCAAUAACAUUAAAUGGUCAUAAACGUCAUCAUUUAAAUGAACUUAUGAAAGAAGCAAAAAAUCUUGACACAGAAGAGUGUCUACAAAAACAAGAAGUACUUGAACAUAGACGCAAUGAGCAUUUGAAGGGGACGACCUUAUCCUUUUCACCGAUCUCUCCCAAUCCCACGUAUACUAACAUUCCGAUUGUUGAACCGCUAACUACUGAUCUCAAAGCGAUAAUAAAACAACAUGCAUCGGACGUCAGUACUGAUACAACAACGUAUAUCAAAUCAGACACAUCACAAGAUAUGGGGGAAUUUGAUAAAACAUUAACAAACUUAUCACCAAGAAAAGAGGUGAAUCAUAAUGGGAGUCAUUUGGAUCUGUUAUCGUCAUUAAAAAAUGCCAAGAAAUCAUCUCAUUCGCACGAUCUAAGUGAUACUUGUAGCACACAUUUACUUAGAGCUGAUGAUAUUGAAUCGUAUAAUAAUAAACUGAUGCCAUUCGAUCUUAUUAAAGAGCGGGUGAAUCCGAUUUCUGCUGCCACAUUUGCAGUGACAACUGAUGAUUUAUAUUCUAGUAAACACGAUGGUAUUUGUGUCGAAAGUGACAUAAAUAAAAUGAAUUAUGUGAUCAUUUCGCAUGGAGAAUUUGAAACAGACAAAUAUCAUCGAAAAUCAAUACAAGAGAAUAUGAGUGCAGUACUAAAUCAACCAAAUUAUUUGAUGUACUCUACACAAUCUCAUUGGCUUCAUCAAACACUGCACAAAAAUGCGUUAUCAAUCGAUCAAUAUCCGCCUUUUUUAAAACCACACCAUGAUAAAUUUCGAUUUUUGAAAGCAUUUUCGCAUUAUAUUUAUCGAAAUCGAACAAAAUCAGUCGUGUUGACUACCGAUAUUAAAGCAAAUCUUCGUAAACGUUUUUAA